GUGCCAUAAACUGCCAUUAUUAGGCUCUUUAAAAUUACAACUCGAUGAGCGGGACGUUGGUUCCUUCUCUCGCCCCUUCACGUCCGUGCCAUGUUCGACGUGUCCAUCGAGGAUGCGAUACCCCCUGCGUUUUUGUACUCACUUCUGGCGCUAACAGUCGCUUAUCACAUUUUUGCACCUUUAUGUUCCACCGUGAAACAACAAUCAUGGAUAUUGACCACAAUCAGUAGCGCUGCGAUGUCUCUGUCAAGUUUACCUCUUUUCUUUCUCUACGCCAGUUCUCGUGGAGAUUUAAGAGGGAUAAGGUCAACACUCUGGACGGAGAGCACCGGUCGAUUCUUUCAAGCUUAUCUUGUCACAGACCUAUUGAUGGGUGUGAUUUACUACCGUAGCAAGGUUAACUUGCUAACAGGCUGGAUUCACCACACGAUAUACAUUUUCAUCGUCGAGUAUGCCUGUCGUCAGAGCUGGAGUCAUCUGUUUGCACUGUGUGGUGUGAUGGAGAUACCCACCUUCCUUCUCGCCAUUGCGAGUCUCAACCCUCGCUUCCGCUCGGACGUGGUUUUUGCAAUGUCGUUUCUUGCGACUCGUAUUGUUCUGCAUGUAUUUCUAUGUGUAUCGAUGAUCGCCAGCCGGCAUCAUGUCACGAAUGAUUCGUAUGGCCCAGGCCUGAUCAUGGCUUGCAUAUUCCCUCUUCACGCAUUCUGGUUUUACGGGUCCCUGAAGGGGUUCGUCAAGCGCGCCAAAUCCCCAAAGUCUCAGCCCGUCAGCCAAGGAACUGUCACGGCAUCAGGGUUUACUUCCUUGCGCGCAAGGUCUUGGAUGCUGCCACGCCGCCGUGGCUCGCUUAGGCAGGCUGUUCGUGCUUGGGACAGGCUUGAACUCAGAAAGGCAGCUGGACGUUUCGGGGAUGUCCAGCGCCGUCUGAGGGCUUCAAUACCUGCGGCGCGCGAGCAAGUGUAUGCUUAUGUUGGAUUAGAGAGGCUCCCGAGUGGAGAGCCGCAACAGACUGGUGCUAAGACUGAAUCCUCUUUCUGAUAUAAAGACAUUUUACAAGGUGUAGUCUUUUUCAUCCUUUAUACCUCGAUGGUUUAUGUGGGAUAACUUUAUGCUAAACAAUCCUAUACCCAUACCCCUGUAAUAACAGUAUACCAGGCCAGUAACGGCCUCUAUCCUUCAUCCAUGAUGUUUUAGAUACUACCACUAUCUUAUGUACUCAUGUAUUCCACUGGACAUUUUCCCCAAAGAUCUAGAGGUCUAUCC